AUGCUUAAUGGGGUGUGUUUUUUACUGUAACAUUUGCCUACUGUGUUAUUGUUUUUGUUUUUUAAGUAUGCAUUUGGGGAUAUCAUCAAAUUUAAUCGUCAGAAGAUUGGCAUUACAUUAUAUAGCCACUAUGCUAUUUACGUGGGCAAUGAAAACAUCCAAGGUAAAAAUACUGGAGAGGAUAUUUUUCACUUCUCAGGUAAGUUGACAAAAGUUUCAAUAAAACAUAAGCCUUUUAAAUCCUUUGUUAAAGAUUUCUACUCCCUUACUCAUGUCAAAUAGCUGUCUUUUUCCUUUAUCAGGUGAAAAAAAAAAUCCAGAAAAUGCAGAUUGUGUGUUUGCCAAACUGGAGGUGGUUACAGACGGCAGUACCCAUGAACAACACAAUUAUAGGGAUGCUCCAGGCUUCAAAAAGAGAAAAGUUGAAGACAUGAUUCAAGAUAUUAUAGCUCUGCACAAAAAAUGUCGAGGAUCAUACUCUGUUAAUUCUAAUAAUUGUGAGCAUCUUGCCACAUUUAUUCGGUAUGGUUCUGCAAGCUGCAUUCAGGUACGUUUUAUUUCUUUAAUCAAUCAUUGAUUAAAUAAAUAAUCAACUUUUCAAAUCUACAUUAAAAUCCAUCAAACACAUUCAAAAAUGCUAUGUAUUUGGCUUUGAUAAUUGUUUUAACAUCAACUGGAAUUUAUAAACAAAUAAACUCUGUAGGCUACGUGAUGUGAAUUGCUAUGAGAUGGUUAGUGGACGUAGGUGACCCCAUAACAACCAUGAAUCCGUUUUGUGGUCAUUUCCAUAGAAAUAUAAUGAAUAGAAUGGGCUUGGAAGAUCUAACCCUGGCUAUUUUACUGGUAAAGCCACGGGUACACUCACAAUAAAUGCGGUAAAGGAGUCAAUGGAAUGCAGACGUUCCAUUGACCAGAUUGGUGCACAAUUCGACAAAUCUGAUAUAACAAAGUGGAUAUUUGUUAAAUCAGUCAUGAUUUAUGUAUUGUAACAGACCCACAAUGUGGUUACUUAAUUCAGAUUUGGAUAUAUUUGUCUCCCGUUAAUAUAAGUCGUUCUUGAACUAUAAUGCAGUUGAUUGAAAACAAUGACAUGAACAUGUGUUAUGGUUGACAUCCAUACAACCAUUAUACUCCGAUUUCUACCUCAACAUAGUGUGAUAUACACAUAUAAGCAAUGAGGAGAUUCUGAAUGUUUCCCCCACGAGUUUCCAUUGCAAUUCCAUUGUUUUGGUCGAGUUCGAUUGACUCCUUUAACACAUUUAUAGAUAAAGAGCUCAAUCAAACUUAAAAGUUAUACAUUGGAAAGACACCAAGAGACAGCAAAAAUACUAUUUACACACUAUUCAUAUAUACAUAUUCAUAUUAUUAUUAUUAUUAUAUACAGUUAAAUUAGAUAUUUAGAAAGAUGAGAUGCGUUGUGAUACAAGAUGGUUUUCUAUUAGUUUUUUAAGCUGAACUUGUAUUUGUUGUAAUGUCAAAUGAGUUGACUCAAUAAAUCACAGCACAGAUUGAAGGGUACACUUCCUUCUUUUACUUCCUGGCAUGAGUACACUAAAAAUGGCUGCCAGUCCGUCUUAUGGCCAAUUCCAAUUGAAAUUCCCUAUUUCCUCAUUAAAGGAGGAUACAUUGUAAUUGUGAUUGGAAUUUCAGUAACCAUCCUGAAUUGAAAUAAUUGAUCCCAACCCUGGAGACAUUGUGUAUCACCUGAUUUUGUAUUUUUGUCAACCGUCCAUAGAGAGAUGCCAAUCCAUUCACCCGUUUUUUAGCUUCACGUUUCUGCAACAAUGUACCGACCCUGACAUCACUUACGAAUAAUCAGAAGAGGGGGCGUGGCAGAAGAGGUCUUCGUCUCCUGCGUGAUGAAACUCAUUCCAACCAGGGUGCACCAGCAGCUUGA